GUGCAGCAAGGGGGUGUAUGGAGCAAACCAGGCUUGCCAGGCCAUGGGCAACCUCUACCACGACGGCUGCUUCACCUGCGGAGCCUGCAGUCGAAAGCUGAGAGGAAAAGCCUUUUAUUUUGUCAAUGGCAAGGUGUUCUGUGAAGAAGAUUUCCUGUAUUCUGGUUUCCAGCAGUCAGCUGACAGGUGUUUCAUUUGUGGUCAUUUGAUAAUGGACAUGAUCCUGCAGGCUCUAGGAAAAUCAUACCAUCCAGGCUGCUUCCGAUGCGUGGUCUGCAACGAGUGUCUGGAUGGUGUGCCGUUCACUGUAGACUCUGAAAACAAAAUCUACUGUGUCAGAGAUUACCACAAAGUUUUAGCUCCAAAGUGUGCAGCUUGUGGACUUCCCAUUCUGCCCUCCGAGGGGUCUGAUGAGACCAUUCGGGUUGUGUCCAUGGACAAGGAUUACCACGUGGAAUGUUAUCACUGCGAGGACUGCGGCAUGGAACUGAACGAUGAAGACGGGCAUCGCUGUUACCCUCUAGAUGAACAUUUGCUUUGUCACUCCUGUCAUCUGAAACACAUCGAGCAUGGCACAAGCCCAGCAGCUGCGUACCAGCACCACUACUAGGCAGAGUGGCUGACAUCGGAAAGCCGGGACAGAAGACAUGUUACAUGAUCUCCCUCUCCCCACCCUCAGCUGAAUUCCUGUGCAUGGUUUUCACCAGUCGACAAUGUUCCUGUACAAGGACAUGAGAGAUUUUUGCUGGAUUUCCAGAGUUGGUGUGCUUGUGAGUUCCAGCUGUAUCAAACCAUGUCUACUUGACCAAGAACGUGGCAUGUUAUCUAAACUGAUCGGUUUACUUUUACGUGCCUUUUUCUGCUGUCUGGAGAUUCUUGUUGGCUCAUUUUGGAAGAUUCUUCAGUGAAAGCACAAUUUGCUAUCGUGCCUAUGAACUCAGAUCGUGCCAUGCACAAUUAAAAAGCCAGAGGCUGGCUUGACUGCCUGCCUGCCUGCCUGCUGGGGGCAUCCCAUCAGUCUACUAAGUGUUUCCUGACAAGUACAUUUCAUCAGAUUCCUUGAAGGACAUCAACCUAUUAAUGCCAGUGCUUAGACACUCGCUCUCUUUUUAUUAAUUCUUUAGGAAAAGAAA